AUGGAGCCCCCCCGGGAAGGGGUUCCUGUCUCUCCGUCCAGCUCCGUCCCCUGCCCCGGGGUGGUGCCGGGACCACCCAGCCGUGUCAUUUCCUUCCACGCAACCUACAGCAAGGUGGUGGUGGUGGGCAAAGAUGAGUUCCAGCUGAAGCCGGUGGACAUGGCUGGGAUGAGAACACCAUCCUGCACCACUGGCAUCCACGGCCACGUCCUGGUUUACUUGGUGACAUCCUUGCACAGCUUCCAGGCGGUCACAACCCUCCACAAAAAGCUGUACGAGAGCUUGGGGAAGACCCGAUAGGUGCUCAUGCCCGUGGUGCUGGUGGGGAGCAAGGCAGACCUGGCCCUCUGGGCAGUGAGGACAGAUGAAGGGAAGAAGCUGGCGGAGUCAUUGGGAGCCAUUUUCCUCGAGUCCUCAGCCAAGGAGAGCCAGGGUCUGAGCUCCACGGCGUCGAGGGGUGUGCGUGGGGCUCGCGGUGACCGCGCAGGACCAGCUGUUCCGGGGAUACCGGAAUCGGGCAGCACCGUGGCCCAUCAGCAGCACGUGGUGGCCGUGAGCAGGGAGUAG